AGCAGCGGACUGAAUCAGGUCGGCAAGGACGUCGCGUUCGGAUAACAUCACCACAGACUCGGCGUGCCUCGGCGCGCGCUUCACGACGACAACCGGGCAGUCCCGACGGGCGCCUUCGGCGACGCGCGCGGCGGAGGGCGCGCAGACGGCGUGCACUGGACGGUCCGUGUCGGACACGGUUUUCCAGGACCUGUGACACUCCUUGGGUCGCUGGGAUGCGAUCGUGCGCGCUCGCGAUGACACAGUGUAGCCUCGCGCUCGUACUGGUCAUGUGCCUGUGGCAACUCGGCGACGCCGGCCCUUCGGAUAAUGACGCUGCGCUGGGCCACGUGGUGCGCGAACUCCGUGCAGAGUUGCAAGCCUUACAGCGCGGCCGCGACCAGGACCGCGCGGCGUUGCGGCGGCUCGAAGAACGGCUGGCAGCCACUACGCCGUGGACAACGAGCACCGCGCCUGCAACCACGGCACGUCCCCCCAGGCGUCACCGGCCGCGGCGGCAGCACGAAGAGCAGCGGGCCUUCGCGCGGUCUCUGCGCGUGCUGGAGCAAGAGCGUCAGUCACUGGACCAACUGGAGAACCAGUUGAAACGCGUGCGGAGCGACCUGCAAGAGGUGGCGCGAGAGCGACCGGCCGACGCGCAAGCACUGCUCAGGGCCGACUUGGACAAGCUGCAGUUGCAGUUGGAUGCCCUGCGCUCAGGACAACGCGACGAGGUAUCGAGGACUGAAGCGCGCGACCGUGCACACCGUGCCUCCGUGGACUGGUUGCGCAGCACCGUCGAACAGAUCAAGGCCGAACUCGCCGAGUUGUCGCGGCAGGACAACGUGACUGUGGCUCUGGGCCUGAGCCGGGGCUUCGAAGGCGAGGCGGCGAGACUUAGGGCAGACCUGGCCGACCUGCGAGACCAGCUGCAGGCACUUCGGGCGGCACAACAACGGCGCGAGGCCGGCGCCGCGCAGGCUGCCGGAGAGAGGGCCGAGCUCCGGGCACUGCUCCAGAGGCAGGCCGUCCAGCAGCGACAGCUGGCGCAGCAGGUUUCGGAACUUGCCGAGGAUUUCCGGAACCAGAGACUGGACGGCACCAGAAAGCGAAACGACGACGAGGAAAAGCGCCAGGAUGGAGAUGCUUUGGAAUAUUUCGAGGGCUCAGGGAUGGAACCUGCAGAAGAGCCUGUCCCACAUCGUGCUGAUGCAGACAUGGAAACACCAAGGCACGAAAUUCGCCAUCAUCGAGACCUCCGGCAGUUAGUUUACCAGCUGCAGAAGAGUGUCCAAGCACUUUCUCAUGACCAAUCCAAACUGGCCAAGGACAUCAGCCGAAUGCGUCGGAAUAGCACUGAACUCUCAAUGGCAAUAGCUUCACUGCAAGGAGCUUCCAACACAGCCUACUCAACACAGCUUGACAGCCAGUUGCGUCGGCUGGAAGAUCAAAUCCUGGCACAAAGUGAGAAGGUUCGAAAUGUCUCAGGCUGCUUCCAGAGUGUUGACAAGGUCCACGCCUCAACGGUAGAGCUCUUCAGAGAUUUGCGGACACUUGAGAAGAAAGUGGACCGAGGUCUGACUGAUCUGCGCAAAGAAGUCUCCAAAUGUGACUUUGAUGUAGCCACAGCAUUAUCACUAGCCAAAGCUGUCCGACAAGAUGAGCUUGCCAGACGAGAGUCCCUUGCCAGCCUCAAGAACGACUUACUGCAGGCAAGAGUUGAGCUUGACAAAACUCGCUACAAGAUACUUAGCGUGGAGGGAGCAGUCCUCAACACAACAGUGUCAAGCCGUAAAGCAGGCAGUGGCUGGGUAUCGCAAGAGAUUAAGAUAGCAAACCUUGAAGUUGCAAGCACACGUCUUUCCAAGCUAGUUGAUCGCAACAGCCGCAAAUUGGCACACCUCGCAAGAUCACUGGACCAGGCAGUGAACCGUGAGGUUCUCGACGAGUGGAAGAGAAAGCAGGAAGACUUAGCCAGCAUUCUACGCAAUGUGACUGCAGAAGUACCCAAAAUAAGGAAAAACAUUACUCGUCUUGAGGGAGAAGUGGAAAAGUUUGAGGACAAUUUACCGCAAGACUGCUCUUCCAACGUUAGUCAUCCUACAAAUGGUCAACACAGUGGAGUGCGACUGAUUCAUCCUCAUGGUGCUGAGAAGGCCCGCCUCGUCUUUUGUGAUAUGCAGACAGAUGGUGGUGGCUGGACCGUAGUGCAGCGCCGAUGUGAUGGCUCUCAGGAUUUUUAUCGCAACUGGGAUGAUUACAAGCAAGGUUUUGGUGAAGUGUCUGGUGAGCACUGGCUAGGAAAUGACGCACUGCAUGAGAUCACCUCCUCUGGAAACUACUCACUUCGUAUCGACCUCUGGGAUGUGUCUGGAAAUUACAAGUUUGUUGAAUAUGACCACGUCGUUGUUGGUUCAGAGGCUCAGAGGUAUCGACUGGAAGUUUUGGGCUACCGAGGUAAUGCAAGCAAUGCUCUCGAGUACCAUUCGGGUAUGGCAUUCAGCACCGCUGACAGAGAUAAUGACUUUAGUAGCACUCACUGUGCUGUGUACUACUCCUCAGGCUGGUGGUACAACCACUGCCAGUAUGUUAACAUUAAUGGCAAGUACAAAGUUGGCUUAACUUGGUAUGACAUGGAUGCACUUGAGUGGGUGCAGCUGUCCAGGGUAGAGAUGAAAUUGAGACCUGCUACAAGGAGGAAGAAGCGCAGGUGGACAAAGGCCACGGCUGUCUGAGCAACAGCGGAAGCUCGGGCAUCUUUUUCUUUUUCUUUUUUUUUUGGACUUCGCCAGAGAUGGCCCGUCGAUUAAUUUAUAAAAAUGUGUGCGUGUUGUACAUAUGCUGCGAUAAUAGGUGUACGACAGUGUGCAGAAAAACUUUGUGCUGUGUAUAGUGAAAAAUGAGCCAGCAACCUGCCUCGUGCCAUAAUGGACAAGUUGUUCAAGCCAGCAACACGAGCUGCAGUAUCACAGAGCCUGUCUGCCUAACAACAUGACAACACUCAAGGGACCAAUGCAACAGUGACGUGAAGGCAUAUUGUUUGACAACAUAGACAUCCUGUAAAGCCAGGGGAAAUCACAUUCCUGGCACUUGAAUAUUGCCUUCUGGAUCCCCAGGCCCAUCUGAACGGACUCCAACCACUAUUUGAUGAAGGCAUAUGUUAUCAAGGCACGGCCACAACGUGAAUCAGCACAUCCACAGGCAGUUCCCCGAGAAUGCAUGGACAAGUUGUGAGGGUGGUUAUUAAACUCUCUGAAGGCCAGCCCAUGAGAUAUUUUGUGUAACCAGUGCUGUGUUUGUGUAUACCCUCUCUUCAUUAUUGCAACGUGAGCUUGAUCGUGGAACUUCAGCCUCUUUAAAAGCAGCAUAAGCAUUUUGUGCUUCUGGUCAAUGUGAGCUGCUGUGGACAAACAUUAACUGUACUUAAUGUGUCAGUCACAGCAUGUGCUGUAGUCUGAUAUCAAACCCACCUCCCACUGUUUGAUAGUACCCAUGAUUUUCAGAGAAGGUGUAUAUGCGAUACUUCUUUGGAAAAGAGGCACUCCUGCCAGUGUGCUAUUUGGUUGCAUUUCUUGUAGCGAAAGAUGUUCAUUUGGGCAUUUAAGGGCAUUUGAUGGUACUGUAUGAAAAUCAGCAAUGUCAUUAUUAUAGUAAUUUGUUCACCAUACAUACAGGAGAAGCAAAAACAUAUUAUUAUCCCAAGCACGAAACCUAAAAUAGCAAGAUAUAGAUGCCCUAAAAAAAGUUUUAUUUAUUAUAUAGAAGUUUUAGGGCUUAUUUCUGAGAUAAGGCAAAUGCCCUGACAAUUUUAUGUACAAUAACAGUCUUCAUAAUACAGUAAGUGAACACCCAUUGAACAAGCAUAUGGUAGCCCACUCAAAUGCCCUUUCCUGCAUUCUUCCAGGAGAGGAAUGUGCUGUGAACUUUAUUGUAGCAAAUGAACAGCUUUCACCAGCAUAAAAGUAGAAGUGUGGUAAUCCAGCAGUAUAGAUGUAGAAGUGACUUCCUGCCUCCUUGUGUAAAUGUUGUAGUUGAGUUGUUGAGUUUGUCAUUACAAAUAACUACCUGAGGUAUGAACCAAUAGUAUUUAUAUUUAGUUAAGCCAGCCACUUGUACUUCACUGUGCACUAACACAAAUCAAAGUACUACUAGCUUUCUAGUGCUUUGUGCAUGGGACAGCAAGAUUGUUAUUUUUAUUUUCAUUAAGCAUUGUUUGUUAAGGACAUCUUCAAGGGCAUUGAUGGCUGCAGCUACUUACAAAGAAUGCUAGGUGGCCUUUAAGCAGCUGCUAAGGAGUGUCAGUCAAUCGCUUGAUUUCUUAUUUUCUUCAUACAUCAGCAGUAGCCAUUUGCAUAGUCCAUUGCAUUUGUCAAUUCUCAUACUGCACUUUUCAACACCCCAUAAUAUUGAAAUCACUGAAUUGUAAAGUAAUGAGCUUUCUAGGUCCAUAACAAAACCAAAAUAUAAGUGACUAUGUGAUUUGUAUUUUAUAUCUGCAUAAAAAUAACAACUAGGCCAGAGCUCUGCCUGAUGGGAAACAUUAAUGGAUCAACACUAGUAGAAAUUAUAUGGUUUUUCCAGCGUGGCUUUGAGCUGCAAUAAUGAAUUAUAAGAUCUUUAGGAAGCUACAUAAUUACUGAAGAUGAAAAGCUGCAACAUACAUGUCAUGGAUUAAGCACAUAUAAGAGACCUGAUAUCAAUAAGUAUCAAAUAUUAUAUGUGAAAUGGUCAUUUAUGUGUCUGAAUGCCUAUUUGACAUGAAAAAUAACUCACACCUCAUAGAGUGCGAUUUUUUAACUUAUGGAGUGCAAGCUGAAAAAUCGCAGGGUCUACUAUAAUGGGCAAAGCAGACUAAUAUGAUUUACUUGUCCUGUGUUAAUAAUAAUGUUAAUCUUUACUAACCUAAAUAUAAAAAACUGGUACAGUUUACUUGCAAUAAUUCAAAAUGCAGCAAUUAAAAAUUACAGUCAAUUAAGACUCAUCACAAGGUUUCUUUUGGUCAGUUAUGUUUUCACUGAACUUUGUUUGGUAGUGAUUAGAUAUCAAACAAAGCUUUCAGUUCAUUCAAAACAUUUGUGUUCAUAGGCAAACAAGUAACAAUGUAAUCCAACCAUUGUGGCUGAAAGUGAAUGACAGAAAACAGUGCUAGAGUACUGAAAACUAACUUAAGUACAUUCAUAACUCCUAACAAUUUGUACUGAAAUCUUAUCAGCUGGCAGCGCAGUCAAACAUUUACAAGUGGCAUAGCAUAUGUGCCCAGUAUAUUAGAUAUAAAACUAGCUUUAUGCUCAUCUGUAGCUGAUAUCAAUGGGGGCUCCAAAGAAGAAUGCACUCCACGUAGAUACCUCUUAAUACAGCAACUCAUCAUUUUCUCUUGAAUUAUGCAUAACUCACUUUUGGAUAAAUCACACACAGGUGUGUAUUCCUAAGGUGUUUCGAUUAAUGCAAGUCAAUCGCAGUUGUGCUGCUGCACAACAAAACUACAAUGCAUCACUGUGCAGAGUGACAAAGCCACAUACCAGCUGAUGACAUUAACUGUUACACUUUUCAGCCACUGCCAUCAAUGUUCGCAGGUGCAAAUGCAGCCCUCAAUUAUUGUCACGCUGUAGGCCACAUCAAAAGUCACCUAACAUGCAAGUCAUUGUAUGACACAACAUAUGUUCCUCAUAUACCCCUGACAAACAGCCAGCUAGUCAAUAAAGCAAGUUGUGUGAUGUGCCAACAUGGCAAAAACCUCCUUUAUAUAAUGUUUACAUGUUCUGCAUAUGCUCUGUCUACUGAAACACGUAGCAAUGACGAGACGAAAUUGAUGACAGAAUAAAAUGUAGCAGAAAAGACGCACAAUUGAGAAAGGAGAUGCGCACACAUUUAGUGAUGCUCCACUGACAAUGUGUGCGACACUCCCCAAAGAAAUUAUCUCACAUUACUCAUACACUCACCGUAUCAAAUAAAAGUGCAAUUAAAAUGACUAAUUUGGAACAGAGUGUAUAAUAUUCAAAAGGAGAGACUGAGGGGCUAGUUGGUAGUACAUAAUUCAGGCAGUAGCACAAAAAAUCACAUGGACAGCGAAAGCAAGAUGGGACACAGCGCUGUGUCCCAUCUUGCUUUCACUGUCUAUGCGAUUCUUUGCGCUACUGCCUGAAGUAUAACAUUCACCCUAAACAAGUUCAUGGUGAUUGUAAGAGAGAACUUUCAUGAACUGGCUUGAUAUAGCAUCAGCUUUAGCAAUGCACAGUUGGCAUCAGUGCAUUGACUUUAGCUACAGUUGGUCUGAUGGUCAUUUUUGUUAUUUCAGAUCUCAUACAGAUGGGUGUUUUUUCCUCCAUACGAUGCAGAGGAAUUUGUUAUGCAUUGCUUAUUUAUUUAGGCCUUUGUUAUUAUUCUCUACAUUUGUUGCAAUUGCAUUUCCCAAGGAGAGGUUUCGCUGUAGAUUGUGUGCGAUAGAUAUAUGCAUAUAUGUAUGCUUGACACAAACUGUCAGGCUUGGAGAUGGAGGAUGUCUUUGCUGGGUGCAAGAUGUUUAGUUAAUAUAAGUGAGCCUAGUGUUAGAAGAUUAUAAAAAAAAAAGCCUUGAAGGUAUUUUUUUCUUACAAGGCUUUUGUACAGGUUCAGUCCUGUUUGCACAACUGUCUUAGACAGCUGGUGUAGAGAAAAGUGUAGGUGUGAUGCUUCAAUUGUGUUUUUGUCUUGUACAUAGAUAUAAUAAAAAAAAAGAGUUUAAACAGCAGUAUACUGUGUUACUAUGCACGUCUUUGCUUUGAGUGUAUAACUGCCACGCUCAAUCUCACCAAACAUGGUACGUGGCACAUUCUGAAACCAUAGAAGUUAGCUGAAAAGUGCAAACUAUUCUGUGUAAAAAAAUGAAAGAAGGGGAAUUUUAAGAGCUCAUUUUUCUUUGCUAGGCACAACAUUAAUUAUAACUAACAGACAAGAAAGCCAAGGAAAGUAUAAGGAAUGUUAUUUGUAGUAAUUAUGAUGUAAAUGUGAAGAAAGUAAAGUGGACGAAAAGGUGACUUGCCGGCGGCAGGGGCCGCACCUGUGA